GAUAGUACGGAACACAAUACUGGAAGGUGCAAUGGACUUGGAAUCUGAUUUUUUGAAUCCUUAUGGAUUAAAAGACCCCAUCCUAAAAUUGGAGCGUUGUGACAAGAUAUGGGAAACAUUACAGCUAAUACGCAGCAUGCAAGACAAACAGCUGGAAGAUAUUCAAGAUUGGAUUAAAAGGGAACCAAUCUCUCACAAAAAUAUUCAUGGCAAAAAACCACCAAUGACUUUCAUACCGGAUAAAACUCUGCCAUUGAACCUGAUCGGUGAACCAAAUUUAUCCGUACCAUACAUUAAAUAUCAGCCUAUUUUUAAUAACGGAAACGAAUUGUUGCCACAAUUCCAACUUGCAGAAAAAAGUCGUGUUAACUUGCUUCACUGUGAAGUAUGCAGCAAAGAGUUUUGUAAUCAGAAGAGCUUUGAUAAUCAUCGAGAACAGAUACAUCGAAUUUCAUUACCUAAAAAAGGACAGGCUUCAAGAAAAGAUAAAAUUACUAUCACACCUUUGCAUUCAGAAUUUUCUCGGAAGUUGGUAGAUAAUUUAGAUUCAGAGCAAUCAAAUAAGCAAUCAGCUCCAGAUGAAAAUAUUGACAUGCAAAUCAGUGUUCAGAAUUUAUCAAUGACAGUAGAUAGCAUUAAAUGUACAUUGUGUAAUAGAAAUUAUAAAAAUAUCAAAAAGCAUAUGGUGGACUACCAUAAAAUUAAGAGUUCAGCAGUACUCAGCAAAGUUGCUGACCAUAAUUCGAUCUUGAAAAAAAUUCCCCAGGUUAUUGAAUUUGAGUUAUCAAAUUCUCUAUUGUCCGCUUCAUCAGGAAAUGAUGAAAAACUUGCUCCUCAAACAAACGGAACAUCACAAGACACGAAUUCUCCAGUUUUAAAUAAACGGAAAAUGACAAUGCCUAGUAUAGGACUGCGUAAAAAGUUGCGUAGUUUCAAUCAUCAGGAUAAUACUUCGAAUGUAGCUAAUUCGAUCCUUGAAUUCAAAUGUGAGAUUUGUGGCAGAAUAUAUGCAAACUUCAAAAACUUGUGUACGCAUAGGGAUAGACAUAAAAAUCGUAAAAAAGAGCAUCCUGGCAUUGUUCGGAUUGGUGUUCAUGAGGAAAAAGCAGAAGUUUCAUCUACCGUUCAAUCUCAGCAAGAUAAAGACAAUAAUAAUAUUAAUCAUAAGAUGCUUCGAACUAGAUCAAGCUUGAAUAAAGAAUGUAGUAGUUCGACAAAUAAAUUACAGAAUGAAAACCUGAUAUUCUCAAGUAGAAGUGUCGAUGAUAAUAUAAAAAAUAAGUGCUCAUGUGGGAAAUGGUACCGCUACAAGCAUAUGCUUGUUGCGCAUAAGUUUAGUUGCAAGUUUUUACAGAAUGACAGUACCAGUAAAUCUUCUGAAAUACGAAAUGGCAGUGAUAAAGAAUCAGGGAUUAGCAUAACAAUCAAGAAAAAAAAUAAUUCCUAUGAAAUAGUCAGUAAAGAAGGCAGUACAGUCACUUCCAGUGACGAGGAGCUUUUACAAAAUGAAGAAAAUAUCAAAAGGCCUGAGAUGUGUGAAGAGACUUCAGAUUCGUCAUCUGACAAUUCAGAUAGUAGUGAGUUUGACGAUCAACUGGAGAACUUGGUUCCAGAAGAAUUCAAAUAUAGCGAUACCCACUGUAUUUUAAAGCUAAAAUUGGCUGAGCAAGAUGAAGAUGUGGAAAUUAUAGACGACCCUUCAUCCAUUGAAAAUUGCAUCACAACAGCUAAUAAUAAUGGAAGUAACAUUCCUUCAAACACAACAAAUGAGGUACCAUUAUUAAGUGUCUUGUGCAAAAAGUUCCUUAUUCAGAGAGGUGUACUCCCGAGAAACAAUACGACGCACAAAUGUCAUACUUGCCAAAUAUUUCUAGGCAGCAAAGAAAAGUUAACAAAGCAUGUCGAAAGGCAUAAAAAACUUUUAAAAAAGUCAUGUAAUUGCGGUCUUAAAUUUUCUAGUAUCAAAGCAUUUGAUAAUCACAUUGCAGCUGUACAUCCAAAUCUUAAUAUAUGCCCCUAUUGUAAAGAAAAGUAUCUAAGUAUCGCUGGUUUGGCGGAGCAUUACUGUGUGAUCGAUAAGGGAGCACUUUACAUUGAAACUUUCAAUGAAAAUUAUCCUUGUCCAAAUUGUAACAUUGUUUUCAAUAAAGUUGAAUGGUUGGAUAGCCACUUGAAAUCAAAACACUUGGAUCGGGAUUUACCAUAUCAAUGUUAUCAAUGCUUGGAGAAGUUUCCUAACGAAAUAGCACGAAGUUCUCACUCCCAUGAAAAACAUAAUCGCUCAUCAACAUGUUCCUUUUGUAAUCAAAAGUUCCAGAGUGUUAAAACCAAACAAAAGCAUGAGGCUUACCAUCGAGGAGUUGGUUUCCCAUGUCACAAAUGCAAGAAGACUUAUCAUUCGAAAAAAAAUCACCUAUACCAUGACAAAACAGUGCACAGUGACUUCAGUAACCAGAAAUUAACAUGCUUCAUUUGUGAAAGAAACGUCAAAACUAAAUCGUUCAAAAAACAUGUACUCAAGCAUAAAAGUGUUUUAAAAUGUGAAUUGUGCAAAAAGGUAGCUUACAACUUCAAAAACUUAGAAAGACAUAUUUUGGAUCAUCACAGAGAUAAAAAUUACCCACGUAAGGAAUGCAAAGUAUGCGGGCAGAAAUUUUUAACUAAAGAACAAUUAGAUGCACAUGUUAUGAUUGAAAGAGUUGAAAAAAAAAGUAGUCACAAGCAUUCAUAAUACAAUAUAUAUUUUUGAUGGAUGGUUGCAAAUACUUCAAGUUCAAUAUCCCUAAUUAUUUGAAGCUAACAUAGACAGUAACUUAUUUAUUAUUACACUGUUUAAACCCUUCCCCUUUCCACCCACAUACUUUUUUAAACAUGUUGAGAAGCUGGUAUGGAGGGGAAAACUAAUUUUUUUUCAGUAUUAACAUUGGGAACCUUUAAUAUGGAAAGAGUACUAUGAAUUAAAAUCUUUUGUUUACCGGUAUUCGAAUGAUUUUUUUUUAUUCAUCUAUAUUUUAUUUUGGUGUUGAAUUUAUUAUGAAUUCUAGUAUAUUGCUGUUUCGAAAGUUGAGCCUGUGUUAUCACGGAAUUUGGGUUUCAGAACGUAUUGACAUACCUUAUUCAUAAGUGCGUACAUAACUGUUAUAUUAGACGUAUUUUGUUUUCUUCUAUAGGGACUGGACAUAAAAUCCUAUAAAAGUCAAUCGAAGUUAUAUCACACAAUGUGAUGAUUUGACUUUUAUAAUUAUUACUUUAUUUGUAAGAAAUAAAAUUCAUAAUGUAAUUUGUGAAAGGCUUGAAAAAUGUUACAGAACGUGCUAAGCAAAGAUAUUUUGAAAGAGUGUUGUGUUAAUUAAAAAAUAUUAAUUGAUAUGCUUUUGCAGAAACAUGCUAUGCAUGUAAAUGUGAAUUGUUGCAAGAGAAAUGUGACCUUUUGAUUCAGAUGGAUACCUUAUUAAUUUAAGGUAAUUAUUAUAACUAAAUAAUCGAUCUGACAAUGAAAUUAUCUAUAUUGGACCACUGAGAACAGAAAGAUUAGACUGUAGGUCUUAUUUAUGAAACGAAAUGAUAUUAAUCGAAACCCAGAAGAAUGAUGGCAUAUUCAUUUUGCUUGCGUCAAUUUCACAUUAUCUCAAUUAUUUUAAACGUAAUUGUUUAUGCAAAUGACAGUUAUUAUUGAUAAAUCUUAUUGUUGCACUUCUCACAGUGCAUGUUAAUCUUUGUCACAAAAAUGCCUUAUAAAGUCAGGUAAAUUAUUUCGAUUUAGUGUCGCAUAGUGUAAUAAUUAAUGUCAUAACGAUGUACAUAGCGAAACAUUUCAGUGAGAUGAUUAAAUUUAUAAAAAAAUUUA